AUGGCGGAUGAAGGGAAAAGGUGCAAGCCACGCGCAGCGGCGUUAGUGCCGCGCGGCCUGAAGGCGCUGCUGCAGUCCAUGGGCUGGGCGGUUUUAAUGAAACAACCGGACAACAUCUGCGAGUUCUUGGCUGAUUACACCUCUGAGCUGCUCCAGUAUAAAAACGAGAACCCAUCACUGGGGCAGCGAGAAGCUAUCAUUAAAUUUCACGGAAUAAAGGAAGAAGCCUUAAAAAUAUCAUCUGCUCAGGCCGAGUGCUCAAAGAGCGAUAUAGCUAGCGGCAUAGGAAAGGAAAGUGGGAAGACUUUCCCAAACCUACCCCUAAGUCCAGAUAAUGAACAAGAGGAGUUGCCUACAUCAGGGCUUGGUAAAACUCCAUCCUUAAACAGACAGGAGCGUUCAGAGAAAUCUGGUGGUGAUCCUGUGGUUGAGGUCGUACACGGAGCAACACCAGACACAGCUCAACCUCUACCCAGGCCACCAUCUAAACCCAAAAGAAGCUCAUCAGCAGCUUUAAAAAGAAGUCCAAAUAGAAAAACCAGAACGACCAAACAUUCAAAGAGUGAUGGUGAUACCUGUGGCCAGAUGAAACGAUCUGUGGCGCUGGCGAAGUCGUCGUCUCUACAGGAUUGUGUUCUGAUGUCCUGUGAGGUGACAGACAAAACACUACAGGAAGCUCCACUGGACAGAGAAGAUGCUCUAAUGCAUGAUGAAAAAUCACCACCUCAAUUUGUUCCUGAUGUCGAGCUCCUACAGAAAGCUCCACUGGACAAAGCUCAACCUCUACCUGAGCCUGAACCUGAACUUGUUCUUGGUCAAUCUCAAGCUAAGAGAAGAUCAUCAGCAGCUUUAAAAAGAUCUUCAGGACACAUCAAACAUUCAAAGAGUGAUGGUGAUACCUGGAUGAAACGAUCUGUGGCUCUGGUGAAGUCGUCGUCUCUACAGGAUUGUGUUCUGAUGUCCUGUGAGGUGACAGACAAAACACUACAGGAAGCUCCAAUGAAAAAAGAUGCUGUAGUGAGUGGUGGAGAAUCAUCAGACGGUGCAGACAGUACUCACCUCAGUGAAGUCAGUCUCACACCACCUGAACCUGUCGAGCUCCUACAGGAAGAUCCAUUGGACAAAGCUCAACCUCUACCCAGGCCACCAUCUAAACCCAAAAGAAGUGCAUCAGCAGCUUUAAAAAGAAGUCCAAAUAGAAAAACCAGAACGACCAAACAUUCAAAGAGUGAUGGUGAUACCUGUGGCCAGAUGAAACGAUCUGUGGCUCUGGCGAAGUCGUCGUCUCUACAGGAUUGUGUUCUGAUGUCCUGUGAGGUGACAGACAAAACACUACAGGAAGCUCCACUGGACAGAGAAGUUGCUCUAAUGAACAAUGAAAAAUCUUCAGCUGGUGUAGACAGUACUCACUUCAGUGGAGUCAGUCUCAAAUCACCUGAACUUGGUCCUGAUGUCAAGCUCCUGCAGGAAGCUCCAUUGGACAAAGAAGAUGCUCUAAUGAGUGAUGAAAAAUCAUCAGAUGGUGUAGACAGUACUCACUUCAGUGAAGUCAGUCUCACACCACCUGAAAUAGUUCCUGAUUUCGAGCUGCUACAGGAAGCUCCACUUGACAGAGCUGAGCAUCUACCCAGGCCACCAUCUCAACCCAAGAGAAGCUCACCAACAGCUUUAAAAAGGCCAGCUAGAAAAACCAAACAUUCAAAGAGUGAUGGUGAAAUCCAUCCCCAGAUGAAACAAUCUGUGGGUCUGGCAAAGUCGCCGUCUCUACAGGAUUGUGCUCUGGAAGCUCCACUGGACAGAGUUAAGUAUCUUGCCAGUCAGCGAACUCCAAAGAGAGAACCAUCAGCAAGAGCAACUUUGCCUUCCAAGAGGCUGUCAUCAUCAUCAUCAUUAGCAUCAUCAUCACCAUCUUAUUCAAGAAGCCCUUCAUCUGAGGAGUCUCUCUCGGACUAUUAUGGAAAAGCAAAUGUAGUGUACAUGCAUAAGGAAUUAGGGCGACUGUCACCGGGUUCAAGCAGAACGUCUUCUAUGGCUCCAGAGAAGAAUGUUCCAGAAGUAAAAUUUCCUCCAAUAUCAAUAUCAUCACCACACAGAAGAAGGCCAGACAGUCACGAUUCAAGAAAAACAGGAUUAUUGAGGUCAACAGAGAAACUUAAACUUCCUCAAAUAGAACUUAGAUCACAGAGACCAGGCCCAAGCCAGGAUGUCAGAGCCAGAUCUUCAGAGGAGGAAGACAAUGCACAAAAUGUGGCAUGGACAUUAUACCGUCUUCCACACAGGAGGGAAGAAGGUACAUUAUCAACUGAAGUCCUCUCUCAGCCAAAGUAUCAAAACGGGGCCAUAAUCCAGACCAUCGGACCUGGCUGCGUUGUACUCAAGGGACGUCCGAGUUUUGGAUCACUGACAGAUCAGACGCGUAUCCGUGGCCGUUGUUACCAAGUCAGUACUUUGGAUUCAGGGCAGAAGUUUACUGAAGUCAACCAAAAUAGUAUAGUGAUCAGACCACCUGUUCAUCGACGUAAUGAUAUUCAUCCCUGA